AUGAGGUUCGCAUCUUCUGCUGCUGCUGCUCUGUUGGCAGCGUGCGUCUCCGCAGUUCCUACUCGUACCACGAACGAGGCGCACAAUGCUCCCAUCCAGAAGCGAGCUACCAUAACUGAUGCUGCGAGCGUUGGUUACGCCACGAAGAACGGCGGUACUAAGGGUGGCGCUGGCGGCACCACGACUACCGUCUCGGAUCUUGCAUCCUUCACUGCUGCUGCCGAGGCCGACGAGGCGUACGUUAUUGUCGUGAAUGGCCCCAUCUCCGGGGCUUACAAAACGCGAGUGGGUUCCAACAAGUCUAUCAUCGGGGCUGGUGGGAGCCUCGAGGGUGUCGGCCUCUACAUCAAGGGACAGUCCAACGUCAUUGUCCGAAACCUGAAGAUCUCAAAGGUCCUCGCGGAUGAUGGGGAUGCAAUCGGUAUUCAGGAGUCGACAAAUAUCUGGGUUGACCACUGCGACCUCUCGAGCGACAUGGAUCACGACAAGGACUACUAUGACGGUCUCCUUGACAUUACUCAUGCCAGCGAUUAUAUCACUGUCUCAAACAGCUAUCUGCAUGACCACUACAAGAGCUCUCUCGUAGGUCACAGCGACUCGAACGCCGACGAGGACACCGGCCAUCUCACCGUCACCUACGCCAACAACUACUUCCGGAACCUCAACAGCCGUGGACCCUCGGUCCGCUUCGGCACCGCCCACAUCUUCAACUCAUACUACGAGAACGUGCACUCGGCCAUCAACACCCGGCUAGGCGCCCAGGUCCUUGUCGAGAGCACCGUUUUCGAGGGCUGUGGCGAUAAUGCCAUCUACUCCGCCGACAGCGACGCAACUGGAUAUGCCGUGGUAAAGGACGUCGCCCUCGGUGGCAGCAGCGACUCGGCUCCCAAGGGAACCCUCGCCAGCGUCCCGUAUAGCUACUCUCUCCUCGGAUCUCGCAAAACCAAGGCCUCUGUCACCGCCAAUGCCGGCGCCAUCCUCUCUUUCUAA